AUGGAAAAAAUACUGCCUUCUUUGAUCUCUUCCAAUCAGUCAGGAUUCAUCAAAUGGAGAAGUAUAUUUGAAAACAUUCUGCUAACACAGGAGAUUGUUACUGACAUAAGAUUAAGGGGAAAACCUGCUAAUGUAGUUAUCAAACUUGUCAUGGCAAAGGCUUAUGAUAGGGUCUCAUGGAAGUAUCUAAUGCAUGUUUUGAGGAAAAUGGGAUUUGCAGAAUGCUUCAUCAACAUGAUAUGGAAUUUAAUUUCCAACAACUGUGUGUCCUCAACAGUGUCCAGCUCGAUAGGUACUAUCACUGAAUUUAUAAAGGGUGAAUUUCCAUUCACCUAUCUUGGUUGCCCAAUAUUCUACACAGGAAGAAGGAAGGAUUAUUACAAUGACCUGAUGAAAAAUGUAAAGGCAAAACUGCACUCUUGGAAAGGGAAGCUACUAUCCUAUGGGGGAAAAUCUACAUUAAUCUCUACUGUCCUACAGAGCAUGCCAAUGCACAACCUUUCUGUCAUUGACCCUCCUAACAAUGUAAUUGAACAACUUCAUAAAGCCUUUGUAAGAUUCUUCUGGAGUACCAAGGAAGAAGGUAGGAGUAGACAUUGGACAAAAUGGCAAAUUCUAUGCCUACCAAAGGAAGAAGGGGGUGUAGGUUUUAAAUCACAUCAUGAUGUAUCAAAAGCUUUAUUUGCCAAAUUCUGGUGGAAGUUUAGGACAUCCAAUUCCUUAUGGUCUAACUUUAUGUGGAACAAGUACUGUAAAAAGGAAAUCCCGACAACUGUCCAAUUUAGACAAGGAUCUCAUGUAUGGAGGAAAAUGUUAGAGGCUAGGGAAGAGGUGGAGCAUGAAAUACUACGGGAAAUGAAUAGGGGUUCUACUAAUGUUUGGCAUGAGAAUUGGACUGAUCUAGGAGCUCUAUACCAUAUUGUUCCAAAUGACUAUACAAUCAAUGAAGAUAUGCAGGAAGUAGCUGAAUUGAGAGUGGAUGAUACAUGGGAUGAGCAACUUCUAGCGCAAUCUUUCCCUGCGAACAAUGCUCAACAUAUCAGGCAAGAAGUCAUAUUUGGCACUACUGACGAUUCCUAG